GUUAAUGUAACCCACAAACAUAAGAUGAAGACAUAAAAACCGUGUAACAAAAGGACACCAAAUUAAGGAAGAAGAAUGUUGUCAAUGUUGUGUGAACAACACUCAGUCAACUGCUUCUUUUAUACUUCCUGUGACUUACUUUUUCCUCACAUACAUGUAGAUCCAUGACUGAACAAAUGGUCUCUCUUUGCAUGUUGUGGAGUGUGAACACAUGGUGGUGUCUGAAGGAUGUGCACAUACAACCACCUACAUUAUCUCCUCCAUAUCGUCAGGCUAGGCGGUGACUAAUGAUGUGACGUAAAUAGUUUUUACUCAGAAGUUCAACCUCAAAGAGGAAAUUUCCUCAUUUCUUACUUAUUCUGCACCAGAGACAAAAGGAACAGAGAAUGACUCCACUGCUUUUAAUCUUCACUUUUGUUUAUCACUUUGAAGCAGGUAUCUGUGAAGGACUCAACAAUCUCUAUCACAGACCUGGACAUGAUGUUACUCUGCCCUGUGGCAGUGGAUCAUCACCUCACACAUGCUCCAGCACCACCUGGUUUUUCAACAGAGAACCGUUUCCAACAAUAAUUGAGGUCGCGAAGGGAAAUGUUAUUCAGAGCUCAGAUCGAGCUGCCAGGUUGAGACUGAACACUGACUGCUCUCUGCUCAUCAACAGCAUCACUGCUGAAGAUGCUGGUCGGUACGUCUGUCGACAGAGUGGUCAGAGUGAGGCUCGUGUUUAUCUAAAUAUUCUGACUGUCUCUCAGUCUUCACAUAGAGAUGAUGAGGCGACAUUAAACUGCUCCCUGUGGAGAUACAAAGAGCUGAGUCCUUGUAAAAAGAACAGUAUCCUCUGGCUGGAUGAGACAGGAACUAAGCUGGUUGGUGAAGGUGACGGGUACAAUGUCACACAGACGAAAUGUGUCUCUGUUCUGACUGUGAAGAGUCAGCGUGGCUCCAACAGAAGAUACACCUGCCAGAUUGUUGAUGAGGAUAACAAGGUUCAGAUACAGGCUGACUACACACCUGUCUUCACAGAUUCCACAGACUGGUCUCCUCUGAGCUACGUCAUGUUGACUCUGCAUGUUACAGGACUGAUCCUAAUGAUUGUAAUCACUGUUGCUGUCAUCAGAUACAGUGGAAGCAAAAAACCACUUGAAAACAACCAACUUGAACUGUUUUGAAAUAUAGAAAUAUACUGUAGCUGAAUGGUGCUUACAAAUGUAUGUGUUCACACCUGAAGAUGUUAGUGUGCUUCAACUGUCCACAGCCAACAAACCAACAGUCACACUUCACACAGUAAUUGUCUGGGGCUGUGGGUGAACAGUCUGCUCUGUUCCUGACUGAGUGAAGUGACCUGAGAGUAUCUCAGCAGCAGCCGUGACCACAGCCGGUCAGAUCCUCUAAAUGUGAAGGGAAAGAGCUUCAGUUCUUCCUAUCUUAUCUCCUUCAGCAGAGGAGACACUGGACCUUCCUUUAUGAGAGGAAAGUAUGUAAUGUUGUCCCACAAUUCCUUGCGGCAGAUCCUUGCAUGAUUGGCUGAGCUCCAGAUCCAUAAAAACAGAUUUCCCCUCUUUCAAAUCCAGAUAGGAGUCAUCAUAAAGAGCAGACAUACUGGAUUUUUACUUAACAAUAUCAUCAUCAUAAGAAAAUACUGUGCACAUUAAUGUCGUUUCAAUAAAUACCCCCCAGUGUGAAAUGGACUAAAAUAUAAAUGUUCUCAAAUUAACAUGUAGAAAAAGCUCAUACCAGGGAACUCUGUAUACUUAUCUUCUGUUGCUCAAUUCCUUAUUUUUAUUUAAUUAUCAUUUUAAUGGCUCAACUUUCUCAACCAGUGUGUUCUUCUCAUGUUAUCAUAUUAUUUGAGUAUUUCAAUCCUGUUUGUUUUUACUUUAUUUUCAAUAACAUCUGUUUUGUUAAUGUAUAAUUGAUGGUUAAAUUUAAUCUGUGUAUGAGCUGAAAACAUUCUUGUUCUUUCUUUGUGACUGUAUUGGACAGAAAACCUUAUUGAAUUGCAGUCUACAGUGCUGAGUUUGCAGCUGUACUUAUCUUCCAUGUGUUAUAAAUAAAGUUGAUUAAAAAAGCCAGG